CUCUUGCCUCUCCACACCCUCCCUUGUGCCUCUUCCUCACCUCGCAGGCAUCCGGCCCCUCGCCCGCCCGACACGCCUCCUCUCUCCCUCUCGCCCUCCUCCUGUGCACACACACACACACACAUAUACGCACACACGCACACACACUCCGGGCUCCCGUCUUCUCUUCGCCGGCGAUGUCCUCCGGCGCGCCACACCAUGAGGAUCACACCAGGACGGCGGCCAUGUCAAACCCGCUAGGCCGACGGCCGUCGACCGAAGAUCUCUUCCACCAGUUCCGCCAUAUUACCGGUCCGCCCUCCGAGAGGCCAUACAACCGCGAUGGGUAUCGGUACUGUUGGGCCGAGCUCGAUCCCCACCUGCCGAUCGCGCGCGAGCGCAUCCCCCCGGCGGUGGCCCUGUCGUUGGAAGACCGCGCGUCGGUGAUCCGCCUGUCGGAGGCCCCUCCCGGGAUUGGGGCGGCCCUGCCACCGGGCUUCCAUUGCGUGCAUGGGGGGGCCGGGGCCGGGCGAGCUGGCUGCCCGGCCGAUGCCCCGGCCCCCGACCCCGGCAUCCCAAACAACCCCCCGCCCGACCAGCCACCCGGCCCUUGGGAGGAAGAUGCGCAGGUGGUUUGCCGCCGGCGAGUGGCCUCCAUCGAAACCAGCGGCUACCGGUCCAUCCGGGCGACGCACUUUGCCGGCCCCGGGGCCGGGACCCUCUACUUUGAAGUGCGCCUGGAGCCGGCGAUCCCGGUCCGGCUGACGGCCGCCAGUGUGCUGGCCAGCCGGGCCUUUCGCGCGGCGGCCGCCGGCUGUGUCUCUCCUGGAGCGUCGCUUUCCUCGGCGCUGGCCUCCAACGACCAGAUCCUUGUCACCCUUGAAGGCCGGGUGGUCGGUGCCACCACCAAUGCCACCCAGGCGGCAUCCAUUGCCGCGGCGCACCUGCCAUCCCUGCUGCCACCGCCGCCACUGGCCCCGGGGCUGGUGCCGGCGCCUGCCACCUCUGGCGAUCUCCCCGCCGGGCGUGCCUCCGGCCGGCAGGCCGACCCGGCCGACGCCCUGGAGGAUAGCCUCCCCCGGCCGGCGGUGCGAGUCGGCGUGUCCACCCGCCAUGGAGCGCUGGAUGCGCCGGUGGGCGCGGAUGCCCACGGCUUCGGGCUGGUCCCGCACGCCGGCACCGUGGUGCAUGAUGCUCGCUGCCGGGCAUAUGGCCCGCCACUUGGGGAAUACCGCGCCGGCGAUGUGAUCGGCAUCCUCCUUCAUCUGCCCGGGGAUCCCGCCCUCGCGGUGGCCGCCCCAGUGGCACGCCGUGAGCGUGUUGUCAUUGUCAUGAAAAACCACCUCUUCUUCGAGGACCCGCCCAAUGCCCUGUCCACGGUCGAGGACAGCCCCACCGACGGGCAGCCCGGCUCACCAGGUCCCGGCAGCCUGUCCUUCCUGCACAAUGGCCGCUUCCUCGGGGAAGCCUUCACCAACCUGCCCCAGCAGCAGCACUUCUCCCCGACAAUCUCCCUGUAUUACGGCGCACGAGUGUCCGUCAACUUCGGGCCCAUCUUCGAUCGGCCACCCUGCCGGCAGCAACUUCCCGAACAUUUGCGCGAGUGGCGCCCCUUCUCGGAGCGCGUGCGCGACAGCGCCAUCGAGUGCACCGUCAACAACCUCCUUGAGCAAGUCCUCUUCCCGCGGGAUCUCCGGCAACGGCCCUCUCGGCAGGAGGCCCCGCCUUCAUAGCGCGCCCCGCACGCGAGGACCGAGUACAUCGGGCAGGAACCGACGCCGCUCCUCUCUACCUCCCUUUUAUAGACAGCAGCAAGCAGA